UUCCACUCUGUCUCCCCAUGUGGAGGAAUGUUUGCACUGGAGAGCGAGUGAGCCGGCGAAGGAGGGGAGAGAGAGAGCGAGAGAGAGAGAGAGCGAGAGAGUGAGAGAGGAGCCGAGGAGGGAGAGCGUGAGAGGAGCCGUCGUACCUGCUGCUCUCGCUGCUCAAAUAUUAAACAAGGGAUUUGUGGGAACCGAUGCUGCUGCUCUGGGACCAGCCCAAACUGUGGAGGCAGCCCGUCUCAGUGGUGCGUGGACAGGCAGUCUGCUGCUGGAGGCUGCGUGUGAGCGUCUGAUGGAGGAGGAGGUCACUGAGCCCGAUCCUCAGGCGCUGGAGCCCGCCGCUCCUCCACCGGGGACGCACUCGGAGGUGAACGGGGACCUGCCGGGGAACCCGUGCCUGAGGGACGGGUCGGAGGACGUGAUGGAGAGUCCGCUGAGGGAUCCUGUGGUGCUGCAGUAUCCUGCCCAGUACACCCCCGGCCAGCAGUGUGGGGAGAAGAUGCCGUUCCACCACGUGACGGCCGGGCUGCUCUACAAGGGGAACUACCUGAGCCGCUCGCUGUCGGAGAGCGAGAGCGACGUGAUGGCCAGCAUCUCCGUGGAGGAGCUCGAUGAGAUCCGGGAGGCGUUUAAGGUUCUGGACCGCGACGGGAACGGGUUCAUCUCCAAACAGGAGCUGGGGAUGGCCAUGCGCUCGCUGGGUCACAUGCCCAGUGAGGUGGAGCUGGCCAUCAUCAUGCAGAGACUAGACAUGGAUGGUGACGGACAAGUGGACUUCAACGAGUUCAUGACGAUCCUGGGACCCAAGCUCCUGUCGUCUGAGACGAGAGAAGGUUUCCUGGGCAGCACGAUAGACACCAUCUUCUGGCAGUUCGACAUGCAGCAGAUCAGCCUGGAGGAGCUGAAACACAUCCUGUUCUACGCCUUCCGCGACCACCUGACCAUGAAGGACAUCGAGAACAUCAUCAUCAACGAGGAGGAGAGUCUGAAGCAGAACUCCGGGAACUGUCAGACAGAGUAUGAGGGAGUUCACCCGGCGAAGAAGAACCGGCAGACAUGCGUGAGGAAGAGCCUCAUCUGCGCCUUCGCCAUGGCGUUCAUCAUCAGCGUCAUGCUCAUCGCAGCCAAUCAGAUGCUGAGGAACGGCAUGGAGUAGCCGUGCCCACUGUGAGCAGGGGGGCCAGCCUGCAUGUGCAUGCCAGUGGGUGAGGUCAUAUCCCCGCGGACAGGAACAGAACCACAUGGAGUGACACUCGAACAAACAACCUCCGACGGAAUCCAUUUUCAAAAUUUACUCGUUGUUUUCUUUCCGACGUCCAAUGAAACUGUGAAGCCAGCAUGAGGAGUCGUGCAGGACUCCUCCCACUUUACUCUGACAGGGACACUCAAGGGCUGACAUCACACAUUACGUCCUCUCUGUUUCCCUGAUGCAAUAAAACAAAUGUACACAAAGGACGUCGAGUGCAGAAGUCCAGAGCUGCGCUUCUUCUCCAGCCAGAUGUGUCGUGUGCAGAUGUGUCACCCACCAGGAGAGAGAGAAACAUGUGACCUCUCGUUCUAGAAGAUGGCCUCUUGAGACUGGUGGGAGGUGCUGGCCUCAGUAAAUCCGCCUGACAAACCAAAGCAGGCAACGGGUGAGAUGUUAAAGAGGAACAUCCAGGCUGGAGUGCCGGCCUCGUGGAUGCACCGGCUCUGAACGUGUGGUUGUGGAUCUUCUCUCUCCUGGAAACUUGUUUAGUUUAAAGACUUCAAAGUGUAAAAGAAGAAGUUUCUGUGUCUUUAUUAGUAAAAGGAAAGAAAAUCCAUCCUGUGAAGUUUUCACUAGCGCCUACAUGGACUCCAAUGUUCAUACUAUCGACCUUAUUUUGAAUAAGUAGAAAACAAUGUGGCAGAAAGCUGUGAGAUAGAACGUUAUAAUGCAAUCAAGACAUAAAAAUAAUCAGAAUAUUAGUCCUAAGUGGAUAAUUGCUAGUUUCCAAAAUGACCUUGUCUCUGGUUAAGAGAAUCAGAACUUUAGAUCUUUGUCUUAUUCAGACUACUGUCUUUUAUCAGAUCGUUGGUGUCAGGGUGGAUUUUCUGUUUCUGCAUGAAACAUAUCUUAGUCUUGUGAUAAAUUUUGAUCCCCUUCAGAUUCCUCUGCUCAAAACUAGAGCUCAUUCUCAGCCGAGACCCAACAGACCCUUAGAUUCAAUCAAAUUCAAUCCAGCUGCGGCAGAUUUCACACACUCAUACAUACCAGUCCUCUGAAUGCCUGAUUUCUUCCCUUCCAUUAAGUUUAAUGGAAAACUGUCCAGUUGUUUUUGUGUAAUUAUGGUGAAAACACAACAUCCUUACCGGUGGUAGUAAGCUUAAUAUUUGAUUUCUGAUCUGUGCAUCAUUAGUUUCCCUUUAAAUUAGAUUUUUAUCAUUUUAAAAUCAUUGUGCAAAACGAAGCCGCCUCAUCACACAAUCCCUUAUCAGCUUUUAUUGAUUAUUUUAUUAUGAAUAUUUACAAGUUUUCAUCACAGACGAUAAGAGAGAGUGAACAUUAUACACGAUUAGAGCUUUGAUGAAAAGUUGUAUUAUUAUUAUAGAUGGAAACAAGGCAGCCGGAAGAAGAUCUGAGCAACUUAGGAUGUAAACUAUGAACCAAAUGUAACUUUAACGCUCACAUUAUUUAUAUGAUUUGAACUUUGGCAGCUCCCUCCCUCUCCUGGGAUAAAACUCACUGUGCCCAUCACAGAUUAAGACCUCAAAUACUCACAUAUUACAUUAGCAGCAGAUUCCUGUUUUGGAGGUUUCCCACAGUGCUGACUCGUCGGCUCUGAACUCCUGCACUGACCCUCAUCUAAACAUGUCCACCCGGCCGGGGGGGGGGGGGGGUCGCAGAACACCCAUAUUAUCGAAUGCAUGCAAAAAAAGUCGUGUCUCCUGUAAAUACCGUCGUCUGUCGUCUGAAGUGUCUCACGUGUCCGUCCGAGGUGAUGGACAGUGUCUCUGUGUGCAUGACUGUUGGUGCUCUCUGCCCACUCGGGUCCAGAGGCGCAGGGAGGGAGGUCGGCGGACAAGGAGGCGGCCGCUCCACCACCAAGGCCCCUUCUCUGCUUCCUCUCCACCCUCCACCCAAAGCCAUAGAACUCCUCAGAGGUGAGAAAGCAGACAAUGCAACCCAGAGGCUUUGUUCCCUGGCAGAUCUCUCUGUCAUGCAGGAUUGGGUUUGUUCCUGUGGUUGUGUUUUUUUUAUAUUUUGCAUUGUACCUGUCAUCAGUUCCCAUGGCAUCACACAGUUGUAGGUCUGUGCAAGAGCACCAUCUAGAGGUUGAGGGGAGAUCACAUCGUUCAUGUCCCAUCACUGUGUGUGUGUGUCUGUGUGUGUCUCACUCUAAGCACCAUGGGAAUGUGACGUCAGGCUCUCAGAUAUUAGAUGUGGAUGAUUUUGAUGUGCACUGGGUAGAGCAGCACUCGAAACCGAACACUCAUGUAAAAAACACGUCUGUUUAGAGGAACAGAUUUUCAUUCUUAGAAGAUUUAUCACUUGUACAAUUUGAAACCCUGUAGGUCACACUGGUGUUAUUCUUUUUUUACCUGAAAGUAUGAUAAGUUGUAAAUGCACUCGUCACUGCUGUCCUGUUAAAACUGGAAAGUGUUUCAUGUUAUUUGUUCUCUGAGAAGAACUUUGUCUUUCCAUCUUUUCCCCAAUGCAGUGGCUGCACGUCUCCAUCGUUGAAGCACACUUUUAUUUUGAAGGGGAAGUCGAGUCCCAUGUUGUAUUUUUUGUCAUGUAACUUUGUACAAAGCUAAUAAUCUAUUAGACAAGCACAUACUACACAUACUUUGCAUGUGCAAUAUUUAAACAUGUAGACUAGAGAGAGACUUUCAGUUGAACUAUUUAUUAGAGGCCUAAUAAUUAUGAUCCUGUAAAUAUGAAACUGUACAAAAGUCAAAGGAAUAAGCAUUGAUGCAAUA